AUGGGUUUGAAGGGCUUGAAAGAAGCAAGGCCUGAGACCGAUAUGGUCCCCACCUUUAUCGGUCUCAGGGGUAUCAAGUUGAACUGGGCUAUUGGCUUUGCCGCCUCGGCCGGUUUCCUCCUCUUCGGUUAUGAUCAGGGUGUACUUGGUUCGCUCUAUACUUUGCCAUCCUGGGUCGCUCAGUUCCCUGAGAUUGACACAACCCAAGGCGCAGACGCCACUUCUAAUGCCGCCACCUUGCAAGGUCUCGUUACCGGUGUUUACGAGCUUGGUUGUUUUCUCGGUGCCAUCUCGAUGCUUUACCUUGGUAACUUGCUCGGUCGUAGGGCCAACAUCUGGAUCGGUUCCAUCAUCAUGGCGAUCGGUACUAUUGGGUGCACUGCUUCCUACAGCUUGGCUCAGCUUUUCGUUUUCCGUGUUGUUCUUGGCAUCGGCAAUGGUAUGCACACAGCCACCAUCCCUGUCUGGCAGAGUGAAUGCUCGCCUCCCCACAAGCGAGGUAUGCUUAUCAUGGUAGAAGGUGCCAUGAUUACUGGCGGUAUCGCCAUGGCCUACUGGAUCGACCUUGGAUGCUUCUUUCUCGACCCUAGCUCGGCUGCUUGGCGAGUGCCUAUCGUACUCCAGAUGUUCCUCAUCCUCCCCACUUUUGUCACCAUCUACCUUCCCGAAUCCCCACGCUGGCUCAUGCUCAAAGGCCGUGUCGAUGACGCUCGAAACGUUGUUGCCGCCCUCGACAAUGUGCCCCUUGACGACCCCUUUGUCGGCAAGAAGCUCCGCGAGAUUGAGGCUUCUCUCGUCGCUGCCAAGACCACCAGGAUCUCCGACCUCUUCACCAACGGCCCCGAGCGUAACUUGCACCGUACCCUCCUCGGUUUCGUCUCGCAGAUGUUCCAGCAGAUCUCCGGUAUCAACCUCAUCACCUACUACAUUGGCAAGACUCUUCAGGAGAACCUCGGCUUCUCGGACAUCAACUCUCGUAUCCUCGCCGCUGCCAACGGUACCGAGUACUUUAUUGCCUCCUGGGCCGCCGUCUUUUUCAUUGAGAAGAUGGGUCGUCGUCCUCUCAUGCUUGGUGGUGCUGCCGGUCAGUGCAUCUGCAUGAUUGUCCUCGCCAUCAUGGACGUUGCCUCGAUCAAGAACGCAAGUACCGCUCCCGCCGUCGUCUCGGUCGUCUUUUACUUCCUCUUCAACACCUCUUUCGCCUGGGGUUGGCUUGGAAUGACCUGGUUGUACCCCGCCGAGAUCACUCCACUCGCGAUCAGGGCCCAGGCCAACGGUAUCUCGACGUCAGCCAACUGGAUCUUUAAUUUCCUUGUGGUGAUGGUGACGCCGAUAAUGUUUGAAUCGAUCGGCUUUCGCACCUAUGUCGUUUUUGCCGUACUCAACUUUGCAAUCCUGCUGACCACCUUCUUCAUCUUCCCAGAGACAGCCGGCCGCUCGCUUGAGGAGAUGUCGGCCAUCUUUGCUCACUCCAGCAAGAUCAAUCCCUAUGACGUUGUCAGAAAGGAGAAGAUCACCCCCCGCCGCUAUGACAAGCAGGGUCACCUCAUCAAUGAGGACCUCGACAUUGUUUCCGACAACAAUGACAUCGAGAAGAGCCUUGGUGGCCGCAAGAGCGGCGACCACGCCAACCUUGGGACGCCUACUUCUGAAGGUGCCAACUCGGACGAGCACACUCCUCCCCCUUGA